CGCCGUAAACUUCUAAGAUGGCGGCUCCCUUGGGGCUGCUCUCUCGCUUUACGGUGCGUCUGCCUCGCUUCUUGGGGAGCGCCUGGACCCGGACUCCGUUUCGCGGACUCCGGCAGGUUAUAGAAACUACUGAAGGGAACACCACAAUGAUUGAAGGCAAAAUUAUAGAAGAUGUGGAACACCCAGCUCCUCCAAAUCCUUCUGGUAACUGUCCUAUUUGUCGCUGGAACUUGAAACAUAAGUACGAUUAUAUGGAUGUGUUACUGCUAAGUCAGUUCAUAGACUCUAAAGGAGGGAUGAUACCCCGUAGAAUCACAGGCCUUUGUGAGGAAGAGCACCAAAAGAUUGCCGUUUGUGUGCAAAUGGCUCACCGAGCAGGUUUGUUGCCAGAUCAUAAACCUAAACUUCCUGAAGGUUUUGUUCCCAAACCCAAGCAAAUCCUCAACAGGUCAGUUGCUCUUUGA